CAGGGAUCACACAGCACAGCUCAGAGCUAGCUCACGAGCUCAUCAUUAUCAGGCGACCACUGUAUCUCCGGCUCCAUAAUUAAAUUGACCAUCACCAAGCAGGACUUGGCUUGAGUUGCAAACAUUUGUUCGAGAUUUUGAACAAGGUCCUCGCAGUACAGUCUUCAUUCCUUUACUACCCCGGUAUUACUGAUCUUACUUGUUCAUUACACUAGAUUUUCCGGGCCCAGUGAGUCCCACGUGGAUCCACAAUUUUAUGACAUUGCAAGCUUGCUGCCAGGAUCUAGGAGAGUUUUCGAGUUGGCUUCUAGACUAGAAUAUCACUUCGUAAAUUGUUUUCUGCGGAGUAUGGAUAGGCAAUGUUGCAGGGAGCUAUUGUAUACUAGUAUCGCGUCUUGAGCAAGCCAGACUUAUUACUGAGCACAAGCAUUUAGACAUGCCGUCCUUGCCGGAAUGGCUUCUCACUUUGGGCAGCUAUAUCCCGAAGUCCAGAACCGGUCGUAUAGUGCUGAUCGUCACUGGCUCUACUCUCAUAGUGCUGAGCGCGGCUGGCCUCUACAUCAGGCGCAGGAGGCGAAAGUACAUCCCUCCCGGAGCCGCUGAGCCACUGGACUAUACACGCCUGCGUACCACAUCCGUUAUGUCACCGUACUCUCAUGGAGCUGAGUCUGUAGCCUUGUCAGGCUUUCACUCCUUUGGUGGCGAUGAUCAUGCCGGUGACAGGCCACAAUGGCAACCUGCCUCUCAGAUAAUGUCCACGGAGGAGCUGUGCGCUGCAGGACUUCAAGCAGUCCAAGCGUCUAUUCAUUAUUGGCAUACAGCUGUGACUAGAUUGCGAAACCGGACAAUCCCACGAGAUGGCUCUUCAUCCUCGGACCGCGAUGCCCUGGCGACAGUGCAGAGCCUUGAAGCGCUUAUUGAUCAGACGCACCGCAUUGAGGAGAUGUAUCAGCGACGCGUUCGCUCUCUCCACCCGGACCUGAAUCAGAGCGACAGUGACAGCUUCAUCGCCAUCGUUGAUACGCACGAGGUUACCAGCGUGCCUUCGCUGAACAACUCAUCGCCGCAGUUUCACGAUUGCUUUAGUCCACCUCGGCACGAGACGGAUUGUGGGCGGCCCGUUAAUUUGGGUGACUCUAAUGCCAGCAAUCUGCUUGACGUGGAUCAGAUAUCACACCCGGCAGCUCCCGUAUCAGAAACAUCAUCCGUGGACUCGUUUGUGUCUGCAACCAUGCAGUUAGAUAGUCCUGCGGAACUAUCAGGCCAAGGCAUGGACCUGACUUUCUACAACGAAGGCAUGGAGGCGGCUCAGGCUGGAAACGUGCCGUUCCGCUCGAUACGGACUGGUAUGCUAUCCUGUCUAAGUGACAACGACUUUCUAGCCAAGUUGUUCUGUGUCCGGCGGGCAUUUGAGAACAUUCUGCGAAAUAAGAGCAGCCGCGAUUGGAUCAUCACAUCUGGCUGCCAGUUAGUGUCCUUGUUUCUGCAAGCGGCUGGAAAGGAGGCUCAGGCGUUUGUUGCAGAGUACAAAGCCAUGAUUGCAUAUGUGGAAUCGACUUCUACGGAGGAGAUGUUUGGGGAGCUCAAGGAGAGAAGGCUAGCAUACUUCUCCUUUUAUGACGUUGUGCUCGACUUUGCCUUGAUGGAUGCAUUCGCCGAUUUGGAGAAUCCUCCGUCCACUAUCACAUCUGUUCUCAACAACCGCUGGUUAACAGAUGGCUUCAAGGAGACGGCUCUAAACACAGCUGUUUGGUCUAUGUUGAAGGCAAAGAGGAGCAUGGUGCAGGCAAAUGGAUUCAUGCACCACUUCUACAAUGUAAUGAGUACGCUUAGUCCGAUCCUGGCAUGGGGAUUUCUCGGUCCUAGUCGCUCUCUCCAGGGACAGUGUGCGGUGUUCAAGGAUCAGCUAUUGCAUCUGAUGAGCGAUAUAUUCUCUUUGACAACUGUACGGUAUUCGACCGUGGAAGCACUGAGCGAAGAUAUAUUGGACAGCACCAAGGUGACCUUCCAACAGCUCGUGGAGCACUUUCAAGCCACCAUGGCCCACCAAUAAGUCUACAAGUACGACCUUCACCUACCUCAGUAGUUUUCUGUUGUCGCCAUGUCAUGUGUUUGUCUUCAGUUGUUUUGUUUUUUUUUCCAGUCCUAUGUUGUUUCGUUGAACCUGUUUGUUUGUGCUGUCUCGUGUCAAAUCACUUGAUAACAAAGCUAAUCUGCCGUCGUGUUCUGCAGGACCAUGACACACGUUGACAUUUCCCAUGCAUGCUGCGUAUAUAAUAAUUAUGUUUCGGAUGCGAUAUCAUUAUUCCACCAGCACUGCUGCUGCUGGUAGAUACACACUGUGCUGGACACAGACCGAGCUGAGCUACUAUGCACAUUUGCAACCUUUAAUACAUUGAUAUAAAUGCUGCAGUACAACAGAUUGCUUACAAAACCAUCACAGUUUUUCUAUUAUUCUCAAUUCAUGCUGGUAGAAGUUAAACUUGAAAAGCUACUUCCGCUGUAUCUGUGGUAGCAAUGAGAAACUUUUCUGACAGUUA